AUGGAUCCAUUCUCUAUACUCCCAUCACUCGUCCAGACUGAGAUCUUUGUGCAUCUCCAGUCUGAUAUCGGCGUCAAUAUCCUGCGCUGCAUCAUGGACGGCAUCUUAAAUGGAGACACCUCCGGCGACCUCCUUCGAGAUGCCUUAGGAAUCAUCUAG